AAAUUUAAAGGCGGGGCUGCCCGUGCGCCCUGAAGCAUCGGCCGCGGAGGGUCCUGGCCAUUUUCCUGGGACCUGUUCAGCCUAAGACGAUGGCGGAGGAAGGAGCCGUGGCCGUCUGCGUGCGAGUGCGGCCGCUGAACAGCAGAGAAGAAUCACUUGGAGAAACUGCCCAAGUUUACUGGAAAACUGACAAUAAUGCCAUUUAUCAAGUUGAUGGAAGUAAAUCCUUCAAUUUUGAUCGUGUCUUUCAUGGUAAUGAAACUACCAAAAAUGUGUAUGAAGAAAUAGCAGCACCAAUCAUCGAUUCUGCCAUACAAGGCUACAAUGGUACUAUAUUUGCCUAUGGACAGACCGCUUCAGGAAAAACAUAUACCAUGAUGGGCUCAGAAGAUCAUUUGGGAGUUACACCCAGGGCAAUUCAUGACAUUUUCCAAAAAAUUAAGAAGUUUCCUGAUAGGGAAUUUCUCUUACGUGUAUCUUACAUGGAAAUAUACAAUGAAACCAUUACAGAUUUACUCUGUGGCACUCAAAAAAUGAAACCUCUUAUUAUUCGAGAAGAUGUCAAUAGGAAUGUGUAUGUUGCUGAUCUCACAGAAGAAGUUGUAUAUACAUCAGAAAUGGCUUUGAAGUGGAUUACAAAGGGAGAAAAGAACAGGCAUUAUGGAGAAACAAAAAUGAAUCAAAGAAGCAGUCGUUCUCAUACCAUCUUUAGGAUGAUUUUGGAAAGUAGAGAGAAGGGUGAACCUUCUAAUUGUGAAGGAUCUGUUAAGGUAUCCCAUUUGAAUUUGGUUGAUCUUGCAGGCAGUGAAAGAGCUGCUCAAACAGGAGCUGAAGGUGUGCGACUCAAGGAAGGCUGUAAUAUAAAUCGAAGCUUAUUUAUUUUGGGACAAGUGAUCAAGAAACUUAGUGAUGGACAGGUUGGCGGUUUCAUAAAUUAUCGAGAUAGCAAGUUAACACGAAUUCUCCAGAAUUCCUUGGGAGGAAACGCAAAGACACGUAUUAUCUGCACAAUUACUCCAGUAUCUUUUGAUGAAACCCUUACUACUCUCCAGUUUGCCAGUACUGCUAAAUAUAUGAAGAAUACUCCUUAUGUUAAUGAGGUAUCAACUGAUGAAGCUCUCCUGAAAAGGUAUAGAAAAGAAAUAAUGGAUCUUAAAAAACAAUUAGAGGAGGUUUCUUUAGAGACGCGAGCUCAGGCAAUGGAAAAAGACCAAUUGGCCCAACUUUUGGAAGAAAAAGAUUUGCUUCAGAAAGUACAGAAUGAGAAAAUUGAAAACUUAACACGGAUGCUGGUGACCUCUUCUUCCCUCACAUCACAACAGGAAUUAAAGGCUAAAAGAAAACGAAGAGUUACUUGGUGUCUUGGCAAAAUUAACAAAAUGAAGAACUCAAACUAUGCAGAUCAAUUUAAUAUGCCAACAAAUAUAACAACAAAAACACACAAGCCGUCUAUAAAUUUAUUAGGGGAAAUUGAUGAAUCUGUCUGUUCAGAGUCUGAUGUUUUCAGUAACACUCUUGAUACAUUAAAUGAGAUAGAAUGGAAUCCAGCAGCAAAGCUACUAAAUCAGGAGAAUAUAGAAAGUGAGUUGAACUCACUUCGUGCAGACUAUGAUAAUCUGGUAUUAGACUAUGAACAACUACGAACAGAAAAAGAAGAAAUGGAAUUGAAAUUAAAAGAAAAGAAUGAUUUGGAUGAAUUUGAGGCUCUAGAAAGAAAAACUAAAAAAGAUCAAGAGAUGCAACUAAUUCAUGAAAUUUCGAACUUAAAGAAUUUAGUUAAGCAUGCAGAAGUAUAUAAUCAAGAUCUUGAGAAUGAACUAAGUUCAAAAGUAGAGCUGCUUAGAGAAAAGGAAGACCAGAUUAAGAAGCUACAGGAAUACAUAGACUCUCAAAAGCUAGAAAAUAUAAAAAUGGACUUGUCAUACUCAUUGGAAAGCAUUGAAGACCAAAAACAAAUGAAACAGACUCUGUUUGAUGCUGAAACUGUAGCCCUUGAUGCCAAGAGAGAAUCAGCCUUUCUUAGAAGUGAAAAUCUGGAGCUGAAAGAGAAAAUGCAAGAACUUGCAAGUACAUACAAGCAAAUGGAAAAUGAUAUUCAGUUAUAUCAAAGCCAAUUGGAGGCAAAAAAGAAAAUACAAGUUGAUCUGGAGAAAGAAUUACAAUCUGCUUUUAAUGAGAUAACAAAACUCACCUCCCUUAUAGAUGGCAAAGUUCCAAAAGAUUUGUUCUAUAAUUUGGAAUUGGAAGGAAAGAUUACUGAUCUUCAGAAAGAACUAAAUAAAGAAGUUGAAGAAAAUGAAGCUUUGCGGAAAGAAGUCAAUUUGCUUUCAGAAUUGAAAUCUUUACCUUCUGAAGUAGAAAGACUGAGGAAAGAGAUACAUGACAAAUCUGAAGAGCUCCGUAUAAUAACAUCAGAAAAAGAUACAUUAUUUUCUGAAGUAGUUCAUAAGGAGAGUAGAGUUCAAGAUUUACUUGAAGAAAUUGGGAAAACAAAAGAUGAUCUAGCAACUACCCAGUCAAAUUAUAAAAGCACUGAUCAAGAAUUCCAAAAUUUCAAAACCCUUCAUAUGGACUUUGAUCAAAAGUAUAAGAUGGUCCUUGAGGAGAAUGUGAGAAUGAAUCAGGAAAUAGUUAAUCUCUCUAAAGAAGCACAAAAAUUUGAUUCAAGUUUGGAUGCUUUGAAGACCGAGCUUUCUUACAAGACCCAAGAACUUCAGAAGAAAACAUGUGAGGUUCAAGAAAGACUAAAUGAGAUGGAACAGCUGAAGGAACUAUUAGAAAAUAGAGAUUCUACACUGCAAACUGUAGAAAGGGAGAAAACACUGAUUACUGAGAAACUGCAGCAAACUUUAGAAGAAGUAAAAACUUUAACUCAAGAAAAAGAUGACCUAAAACAACUCCAAGAGAGCCUACAAAUUGAGAGGGACCAACUCAAAAGUGAUAUUCAUGAUACUGUAAACAUGAACAUAGAUACUCAAGAACAAUUACGAAAUGCUCUUGAAUCUUUGAAACAACAUCAAGAAACAAUUAAUACACUAAAAUUGAAAAUUUCUGAGGAAGUUUCCAGGAAUUUGCAUAUGGAGGAAAAUACAGGAGAAACUAAAGAUGAAUUUCAGCAAAAGAUGGUUGGCAUAGAUAAAAAACAGGAUUUGGAAGCUAAAAAUACCCACACUCUAACUGCAGAUGUUAAGGAUAAUGAGAUAAUUGAGCAACAGAGGAAGAUAUUUUCUUUAAUACAAGAGAAGAAUGAACUCCAACAAGUGUUAGAGAGUGUUAUAGCAGAAAAGGAACAAUUGAAGACUGACCUAAAGGAAAAUAUUGAAAUGACCAUUGAAAACCAGGAAGAAUUAAGAAUUCUUGGAGAUGAACUUAAAAAGCAACAAGAGAUAGUUGCACAAGAAAAGAACCAUACCAUAAAGAAAGAAGAAGAGCUUUCUAGGACCUGUGACAGACUGGCAGAAGUUGAAGAAAAACUAAAGAAAAAGAGCCAGCAACUCCAAGAAAAACAGCAACAACUUCUUAAUGUACAAGAAGAGAUGAGUGAGAUGCAGAAAAAGAUUAAUGAAAUGGAGAAUUUAAAGAAUGAAUUAAAGAACAAAGAAUUGACAUUGGAACAUAGGGAAGCAGAGAGACUUGAGUUGGUUCAGAAACUUAAUGAAAAUUAUGAGGAAAUGAAAUCUAUAACCAAAGAAAGAAAAGUUCUAAAGGAAUUACAGGAGUCAUUUGAAACAGAGAGAGACCAACUUAGAGGAUAUAUAAGAGAAAUUGAAGCUACAGGCCUACAAACAAAAGAAGAGCUAAAAAUUGCUCACAUUCACCUAAAAGAACACCAAGAAACUAUUGAUGAACUAAGAAGAAGUGUAUCUGAGAAGACAGCUCAAAUAAUAAAUAUUCAGGACUUAGAAAAAUCCUAUACCAAAUUACAAGAAGAGAUCCCAGUGCUUAAUGAGGAACGGGAGUUACUUCCUAAUGUGAAAGAAGUUAGUGAGACUCAGGAAACAGUGAAUGAACUGGAGUUAUUAAAAGAACAGUCCGCAAUCAAGGACUCAACAACACUGGCAAGCAUAGAAAUGGAAAGGCUCAAGUUGAAUGAAAAAUUUCAAGAAAGUCAGAAAGAGAUAAAAUCUCUAACCAAGGAAAGAGACAACCUUAAAAUGAUAAAAGAAGCCCUUGAAGUUAAACAUGACCAGCUGAAAGAACACAUUAGAGAAACUUUGGCUAAAAUCCAAGAGUCUCAAAGCAAACAAGAACAGUCCUUAAAUAUGAAAGAAAAAGACAAUGAGACUACUAAAAUUGUGAGUGAGAUGGAGCAAUUCAAACCCAAAGAUUCAGCACUGCUAAGGAUAGAAAUAGAAAUGCUCAGAUUGUCCAAAAGACUUCAAGAAAGUCAUGAUGAAAUGAAAUCUGUAGCUAAGGAGAAAGAUGACCUACAGAGGCUGCAAGAAGUUCUUCAGUCUGAAAGUGACCAGCUCAAAGAAAAUAUAAAAGAAAUUGCAGCUAAACACCUGGAAACUGAAGAGGAACUUAAAGUUGUUCAUUGUUGCCUGAGAGAACAAAAGGAAACUAUUGAUGAUUUAAGAGUGAAUAUUUCAGAGAAGGAAACUGAAAUAUCAACCAUUCAAAAAGAAUUAGAAGCAAUCAAUGAUAAAUUACAGAACAAGAUCCAGGAGAUUUAUAAGAAAGAGGAACAACUUAAUAUAAAACGAAUUAGUGAGACUCAGGAAAAAGUGAAUGAACUGAAACAAUUCAAGGAACAUCUCAAAGCCAAGGAUCCAGCACUACAAAGUAUAGAAAGUAAGAUGCUCGAGUUGACUAGCAGACUUCAAGAAAGUCAAGAAGAAAUACAAAUUAUGAUUAAGGAAAAAGAGGAAAUGAAAAGAGUACAGGAGGCCCUUCAGAUAGAGAGAGACCAACUGCAAGAAAACACUAAAGAAAUUAUAGCUAAAAUGCAAGAAUCUCAAGAAAAAGAAUAUCAGUUUCUUAAGAUGACAGCUGUCAAUGAGACUCAGGAAAAAAUGUGUGAAAUAGAACACUUGAAGGAGCAAUUUGAGACCCAGAAGUUAAACCUGGAAAACAUAGAAAUGGAGAAUAUAAGGUUGACUCGGAUACUACAUGAAAACCUUGAAGAAAUGAGAUCUGUAACAAAAGAAAGAGAUGACCUUAGAAGUGUGGAGGAGACGCUCAAAGUAGAGAGAGACCAGCUCAAGGAAAACCUUAGAGAAACUAUAACUAGAGACCUAGAAAAACAAGAGGAGCUAAAAAUUGUUCACAUGCAUUUGAAGGAGCACCAAGAAACUAUUGAUGAACUCAGAGGGAUUGUUUCAGAGAAAACAAAUGAAAUAUCAAAUAUGCAAAAGGACUUAGAAAACUCAAAUGCUGCCUUAAAAGCACAGGAUCUGAAAAAACAAGAAGAACUAAGAAUUGCUCACAUGCAUCUGAAAGAGCACCAGGAAACUAUUGACAAACUCAGAGGAAUUGUUUCUGAGAAGACAGAUAAAAUAUCAAAUAUACAAAAAGAUUUAGAAAAUUCAAAUGCUAAAUUACAAGAAAAGAAUCAAGAACUUAAGGCAAAUGAACAUCAACUUUUUAAGUUAAAAAAAGAUGUCAAUGAGACACAGAAAAAAGUGUCCGAAAUGGAGCAACUAAAGAAGCAAAUAAAAGACCAAAGCUUAACUCUGAGUAAAAUAGAAACGGAGAACUUAAAUUUGGCUCAGAAACUUCAUGAAAACCUUGAAGAAAUGAAAUCUGUAAUGAAAGAAAGAGAUAAUCUAAGAAGAGUAGAGGAAACACUCAAACUGGAGAGAGACCAACUCAUGGAAAGCCUACAAGAAACCAAAGCUAGAGAUCUGGAAAUACAACAGGAACUAAAAACUGCUCAUAUGCUAUCAAAAGAACACAAGGAAACUAUUGAUAAACUUAGAGAAAAAAUUUUAGAAAAGACAACUCAAAUUUCAAACAUUCAAAAGGAUUUAGAUAAAUCAAAAGAUGAAUUACAGAAAAAGAUCCAAGAACUUCGGAAAAAAGAACUUCAUCUGCUUAGAAUGAAAGAAGAUGUCAAUAUGAGUCAUAAAAAAAUUAAUGAGAUGGAACAGUUGAAGAAGCAAUUUGAGGCCCAAAACUUAUCUAUGCAAAAUCAGGACCAACAGAACCACCAAGUAAAACCUGAAAAAAGGUUACUAAGUGAUGGACAACAGCACCUUACAGAAAGCCUGAGAGAAAAGUGCUCUAGAAUAAAAGAGCUUUUGAAGAGAUACUCAGAGAUGGAUGAUCAUUAUGAGUGCUUGAAUAGAUUGUCUCUUGACUUAGAGAAGGAAAUUGAAAUCCAAAAAGAGCUUUCAAUGAGAGUUAAAGCAAACCUCUCACUUCCCUAUUUACAAACCAAACACAUUGAAAAACUUUUUACUGCAAACCAGAGAUGUUCCAUGGAAUUCCACAGAAUCAUGAAGAAACUUAAGUAUGUGUUAAGCUAUGUUACAAAAAUAAAAGAAGAACAACAUGAGUCCAUCAAUAAAUUUGAAAUGGAUUUUAUUGAUGAAGCGGAAAAGCAAAAGGAAUUGCUAAUUAAAAUACAGCACCUUCAACAAGAUUGUGAUGUACCAUCCAGAGAAUUAAGGGAUCUCAAAUUGAACCAGAAUAUGGAUCUACAUAUUGAGGAAAUUCUCAAAGAUUUCUCAGAAAGUGAGUUCCCUACCAUAAAGACUGAAUUUCAGCAAAUACUAAGUAAUAGGAAAGAAAUGACACGGUUUUUGGAAGAGUGGUUAAAUACUCGUUUUGAUAUAGAAAAGCUUAAAAAUGGCAUCCAGAAAGAAAAUGAUAGGAUUUGUCAAAUGAAUAACUUCUUUAAUAACAGAAUAAUUGCCAUAAUGAAUGAAUCAACAGAGUUUGAGGAAAGAAGUGCUACCAUAUCCAAAGAGUGGGAACAGGACCUGAAAUCACUGAAAGAGAAAAAUGAAAAACUAUUUAAAAACUACCAAACAUUAAAGACCUCCUUGGCAUCUGGUGCCCAGGUUAAUCCUACCACACAAGACAAUAAGAAUCCUCAUGUUACAUCAAGAGCUACACAGUUAACGACAGAGAAAAUUCGAGAACUGGAAAAUUCGCUACAUGAAGCUAAAGAAAGUGCUAUGCAUAAGGAAAGCAAGAUUAUAAAGAUGCAGAAAGAACUUGAGGUGACUAAUGACAUAAUAGCAAAACUUCAAGCCAAAGUUAAUGAAUCAAAUAAAUGCCUUGAAACAACAAAAGAGACAAUUCAAGUACUUCAGGACAAAGUUGCUUUAGGAGCUAAGCCAUAUAAAGAAGAAAUUGAAGAUCUCAAAACGAAGCUUGUGAAAAUAGACCUAGAGAAAAUGAAAAAUGCCAAAGAAUUUGAAAAGGAAAUCAGUGCUACAAAAGCCACUGUAGAAUAUCAAAAGGAAGUUAUAAGGCUAUUGAGAGAAAAUCUCAGAAGAAGUCAACAGGCCCAAGAUACCUCAAUGAUAUCAGAACAUACUGAUUCUCAGCCUUCAAAUAAACCCUUAACUUGUGGAGGUGGCAGCGGCAUUGUACAAAACACAAAAGCUCUUAUUUUGAAAAGUGAACAUAUAAGGCUAGAAAAGGAAAUUUCUAAGUUAAAGCAGCAAAAUGAACAGCUAAUAAAGCAAAAGAAUGACUUGUUAAGCAAUAAUCAGCAUCUUUCCAAUGAGGUCAAAACUUGGAAGGAAAGAACACUUAAAAGAGAGGCUUACAAACAAGUAACUUGUGAGAAUUCUCCGAAGUCUCCUAAAGUGACUGGAACAGCUUCUAAAAAGAAACAAAUUACACCCUCUCAAUGCAAGGAACGGAAUUUACAUGAUCCUACGCCAAAAGAAUCACCAAAAUCUUGGUUUUUUGAUAGCCGAUCAAAGUCUUUACCAUCACCUCAUCCAGUUCGCUAUUUUGAUAACUCAAAUUUAGGUCUUUGUCCAGAGGUACAAAAUGCAGGAGCAGAGAGCGUGGAUUCUCAGCCAGGUCCUUGGCAUGCCUCCUCAGGAAAAGAUGUGCCUGAGUGCAAAACUCAGUAGACUCCUCUUCGUCACUUCUCUGGAGGUCCAGCAUUCCUUGUUUGGAAAUGACUUUGUUUAUGUGUCUGUCCCUGGUAAUGAUGUCGUAGUGCAGCUUAAUUUCAAUUCAGUCUUUACUUUGCCACUAGAGUUGAAAGAUAAGGGAACAGGAAAUGAAUGUAUUGUGGUAAUUUAGAAUGGUGAUAGCAAUACCUUCUUCUUGCAUAUGGUAAUACUUUUAAAAGUUGAAUUGUUUUAUUUAUUUGUAUAUUUUGUAAAGAAUAAAGUUAUUGAAAGAAAUGUAAAGUUAUCUACAUGACUUAGCAUAUUCCAAAGCAUAAUACAUACAUUAAUAUAAAACAUCAUUUUAUUAACAAAAUUGUAAACAUUUUUAAUACCUUACACAUUCAAUAAAUGUUUAGUAGUUCUGAAUCACCA